UCUGCGCGGGCCCCUACUCUCUCCUACCGUAUYAAGGAUAAUAGUGCGCCGCUAUUGAGCGAAGAGAAGUGGGACGCGUGGCGGGAGGACUACAUUGAGCUCUCUUUUUGUCUAUUGGAGAUAAAGUUUCGCUGGUCAGAAGCGGCCCCGUUCAGAGAAGGACCAGAGCACCCAGAGGACAACGUGGAGCUUCUGAUCAUCCAAGCCUGGAGAACGGCGGAGCAGGGCGUUCUGCUGGGAUUCGUAUUCAGGAAGGUGCAGGAGGGCAAUCUCACCUUAAUCACAGACGAGUUGCUGGUGUUUCUGACUCAGCUGGUGGAUGAUCUGCCCCUGGACAUCUUGUCACGCAGUGACGAGGAGCCUAACACCCACGUGCUGUCUCCAACGCUCCAGCCGCACCUUGUGUGGUCCACGUGUACGGAGAUUAACGAGGACAACUGUCUCUAUCCCUCCCAGGCGCUUUACUUGGAGAUCGACGUUACCGAUCUCAUGUUUUGGGACCCGAUCGCGAGGAGAAACGCGGCGCAGGACGAGGAKAUAGGGGCUGCAGAGGAAGAGGAGGAAGAAGAGGAGCCAUCGAGUGAAGAACGGGACGAUCUAGACUACGUCCCGGAAAGAGAAACGGGGAUAGCUAGCGGAUCGAGCCAGCCGCAUAAAAAAAACGAAGAGGAGGAAGAGCAGAGGAAGCGGAAGCGCCAGGAGACCACGGAGGGAAAGCGACCCACGACAAACGUUUCUCCUAUCGAUCCAUCGAUCAGGGAUCCGUGGCAUGAUCCGGCGCCGCCAGAAGAAGAAGACGAUGGAACCGCAGCAGAGGGAUCGUCACGCUGCAACGAGAGGUCGGGGACGGACACACUAACCCGGACGCUGGCGCCACACCUAUUAUGGUCCACAUGUACGGACUUGGAUGAGGAUAACUGCGUCUAUCCUUCCACGGGCCUCUAUCUCAUGAUCAACAUUACCGAUCUCACCCUAUGGGAUCCGAUCAUCCAGAGGGUGGACUUAUGCAGGCCGACGAACGUGGAAAGAGAAGAGGAGGAGAGAGAGGAAUCGCGUGAAGAAGAAGACGAUAGCGCGGAGGAGGAAAGAUCUGACGACCCCGAUUACCGCGACUCAGAGGAAGAAGGGUCGGAGGAAGCCGAGCCGGAGGAAGGUGGAUCGGACGAAUCACCUGGCCCUCCCAAGUUGAGCACGAAGGAGGACGAGAUCACAAAGCGGAAGAGAAAGGAAAGGGCAGAGGGGAAGCGACCGAUUGAAGAAUCAAGAGGGUCGGUGACGCAAGACGAUCCGGCGUGCAAUCCGUAGCCGCCACAKGAGGAGUCGAAAGGAAAUGGAGUCCCCACCACAGAGGGAUCUAGACGUCGCCACCGUCAAAGAGACCAAUC